UCCCGGGGCCGGGCCGUGCCCCGGGCGCUUUUGCACGCAAAGCCGCCGCCGGAGCAGGAUCUGGUCCCCCCGGGAGCUGGGCUGCUUGUUGAAGUUUGCGGAGGGACGUGUCUUCUCAGAGAGCUUGGCUGGAUAAGACUGAAGUUGAAGGCUGGAAGCCUGAGCGAGUGCCCCGAGAACGUGGGUGAUGGCUGCAGAGGUGCCCAGAGGAACCACUCCCCGGAGCCCCUUGGCCCAGGUACCUCAAGAGGAGGACGAACAGGAGGCGGAGGUCGCCACCAUGAUCCUGGAGGACGACUCUUGGGUCCAGGAAGCUGUGCUGCAGGAGGAUGGCCCCGAGUCCGAGCCCUUCCCCCCGGAUGCUGGCAAGGGCAGCCCCGGAGAGGAGGUGGCUGGCGGGCCGCAGGGCGCGCUGGGCCGCCUCCGAGAGCUCUGUCGGCGCUGGCUGAGGCCAGAGGUGCACACGAAGGAGCAGAUGCUGACCGUGAUGCCCAGGGAGAUCCAGGCCUGGCUGCAAGAACACAGGCCCGAAAGCAGCGAGGACACGGUGGCCCUGAUGGAAGACUUGACCCAGAGCCUUCGGGACAGCGAUUUUGAGAUCCAGAGUGAAAACGGGGAGAACUCUAAUCAAGACAUAUUUGAGAAUGUGGAAUCACGUGGGAUCUUCUCAGAAACACCUGAAGGGGAAGGCGUUCCGCAGUCUGACUGGGAGAGUGACUCUGAGAGAGACUGUGGCUCUAAGGGUCCCCAGGGAAAGGCCUCAAGUGAAGACCACAGGGAUGUGCCCUCACAGGGCAGGGAAGCUGAACAGCUCAUAGGCCUUCAGGGCACCUACCUGGGUGAGAAGCCCUACGAGUGUCCCCAGUGCGGGAAAACCUUCAGCCGGAAAUCCCACCUCAUCACGCACGAGCGGACCCACACGGGAGAGAAAUACUACAAAUGCGACGAAUGUGGAAAAAGCUUUAGUGAUGGUUCAAACUUUAGUAGACACCAAACGACUCACACCGGGGAGAAACCUUUUAAAUGCAGGGAUUGUGGGAAAAGCUUUAGCCGGAGCGCCAACCUUAUAACCCACCAGAGGAUCCACACGGGCGAGAAACCCUUUCAGUGUGCCGAGUGUGGCAAGAGUUUCAGCAGGAGCCCCAACCUCAUCGCUCACCAGCGAACCCACACGGGCGAGAAACCAUACUCGUGCCCUGAGUGUGGCAAGAGCUUUGGCAACCGGUCCAGCCUUAAUACACAUCAGGGAAUCCACACCGGAGAAAAGCCCUACGAAUGUAAAGAAUGUGGCGAGAGCUUUAGUUACAACUCCAACCUGAUCAGACACCAGAGGAUCCACACCGGGGAGAAACCAUACAAAUGCCCCGACUGCGGGCAGAGGUUCAGCCAGAGCUCGGCCCUCAUCACCCACCGGAGAACUCACACAGGAGAGAAGCCCUAUCAGUGUGGCGAGUGUGGGAAAAGCUUCAGCCGCAGCUCCAACCUGGCCACACACCGCAGAACCCACCUGGUGGAGAAGCCCUAUAAAUGCGGGGAGUGUGGGAAGAGCUUCAGCCAGAGCUCCAGCCUGAUCGCACACCAGGGGAUGCACACGGGUGAGAAGCCCUACGAGUGCCUGACGUGCGGGGAGAGCUUCAGCUGGAGCUCCAACCUCAUCAAGCACCAGAGGAUCCACACGGGCGAGAAGCCCUACAAAUGCGGCGAGUGUGGGAAGUGCUUCAGCCAGCGCUCCCAGCUGGUGGUGCACCAGCGGACCCACACGGGCGAGAAGCCCUACGAAUGCCUCAUGUGUGGCAAGAGCUUCAGCCGGGGCUCCAUCCUGGUCAUGCACCAGAGGGCCCACUUGGGGGACAAGCCCUACAGGUGCCCGGAAUGUGGGAAGGGCUUUAGCUGGAAUUCAGUUCUCAUUAUACACCAGCGCAUCCACACGGGGGAGAAGCCCUACAAAUGCCCUGAGUGUGGCAAAGGCUUCAGCAAUAGCUCCAAUUUCAUUACACAUCAGAGAACUCACACGAAAGAGAAACUCUACUGACGUGGCGAAAAGGAAAAGUGAGGGGGCUAGCCCAGGACAGGGAACUGUCCCUCUGCGCCCAAGCAAGGCUAUCUCGUUAGAAGAGCCAUUCUUCCCGAAUGGUCUUUGGGGAUAUGUGCCAGAAUCUCACCACUGCUCAUCCUCAUUCCUAGGAUCCCAUCAUCUUUUUUUAAAAUAUAUUUUAUUGAUUUUUUACAGAGAGGAAGGGAGAGGGACAGAGAGCCAGAAACAUCGAUGAGAGAGAAACAUCGACCAGCUGCCUCCCGCACACCCCCCACCGGGGAUGUGCCCCGCAACCAAGGUACAUGCCCUUGACCGGAACCGAACUUGGGACCCUUCAGUCCGCAGGCCGACGCUCUAUCCACUGAGCCAAACCGGUUUCGGCGGAUCCCAUCAUCUCAGUGGUUGGAGCCAAACCCCAAGAACAGUGUAGGAGUGGAAGGUCGGAGAGUUGGGUCUUUUUCUGUUUCGUUUCAUGGCUUGAUUGACUUUCUCUCUCCUGAUCCCUCUGUGCCCCAGUUUCCUCUCUGGUAGACGGGAGUGUUUCUCCACGUGGAACGGAAGACAGCCUGGCCCCCAUCCCACAGAGUCCUCAGAGAAAUACUGGGAAUCUGUUGGUACAGCCUGGUUGUUGCACUGCCCCUUGGUUAGGCCGAGGCGCCUUCAGCCCCAGCUGCUAGCAUUCCAGGCCCCUUGCCCACGUCAGCACCAGUUCUUCCUGGUUCCGUCCUGGGCUUUGAUUUCAGGUCAAGGUGGAGCGGCUUCUGUAAUUCUGAGUCACCACAUGAAGGAAAAGUCCUCUCUAGAAAGUGUCAGGGACACUGAGACACCGUAUAUGUCCUGGAACCAGCGUCCCAGUAGCCUUUCCAUUGUGAGAGUUGAACAGGGCCUGCCAGGGGAGGUAUAAAAGGAGAUUUACAUCUUUGCGUUGUCUCCGCUAUUGUCCCGUGGUGAGUCAGCUGCCAGGGGGAAGGCACUCGUCUUUGUGGGGCUUCGUUUUUGGAGUGUGAAGGCGGAGACUCCCAGCUGUCCACCCUGGUGGGUGGCAGUUUCUCUCGCACCAGGUUCAGUGAGGCAGCCCU